AUGAGACAACCCACUUUGCCAUGGGCUGCGCCAGCUCACGACGCGGCUCCAUCACCCUUCGAUGCUGGUCAGCAACAUGUCGUACACGCACACUACCGUUCUGAGCAACAUCAACAACAGACUCUUGAACUGCAGCUCGACCCAGCGCUGUUCUUGAGCUCACCACCAACUGCGACGAAUCCAGACCAGCUAAACGAGAUGCCAAUUCCAGACAAGAUACUUCAGGACACUGAUGCGACAGCGGCCUCGUGGCCAUCUUCUUGUGCCGUCACCCCAAGCGCCAGCAUCCUUGCAUCAACGCCGCAGGCGGAUGUAUCUUUGGCAACCGAGACAGAUGCUCUGUCCAGCGCUGAGAUGUCCACUCCAGCUGUCACUGCUGCACCAGCAUCAGAAUGCAUAAGCAGGCCGCCGCCACGCGUUCAUCCAUUCUUCCAACCGGGCGGCCCUUCGUCUCAAUCAACCGACUCGAACGACGACUCGGACACGGAGCAGAAACGACGUGCUCGUUCGAGUCGAGCAAAACCACCUGUUUCGUACCGUGAGGAUCUCAAGGCAGUGCUUCGCGCAGAUAGAGCGCAAGAGGCCGCAAGGCGCAAGGAGGAAAAGCGACAAGCAAAGCUCCAGGCAAGAGAGGCCGCCAAGGUGCCCAAGGUGCCCAAGCAGCCGCGCCAGUCAAAGACGGACGAGCCUUGCCUCAGCGAUGCGCAGCGUACAGGCGCGUUUGAGCUUUUCGAGUCGUAUUCGCAUGCUUCGAUCGACAAGGAUGAGCAUCAGUCUGCAACUGCGUCAAACGCCCAAGCCUCGAGAUCUUGUACACCUCCAUCUUCAACUCGAUCGCAGCAUCCGUCCAAGCAAGUCGAGCCAAAACCAACCAGUCUUGCAGUCAAGCGCUCCAGUACGGCGGCAUCGGCGAUUCCUCAUCCCUUCUUUGCAAAGAAGCCAAAGCAACCGUCUGCUCCGCCAAUACACGUCGCGGGCGAGGGCGGAGACGACGGAAAGACCGGACCGCCGCAUCACGCAAACGGACAGGUCAAGGCCUCUGCAACAGCGUCUAACUCACUCUUCAACAGUGCACCCGCUUCCUGGAGCCUGUUUGCAACUCAAAGAACUUCUUCAUCCAAGCCAAAGAAACCAAGAAACGCUCCUUGGCCCACACAGCAAGACAUGCAUGUGGCAGGGCUCGCGGAUGACGAGAACGAGCUGCUAUCCAAAGCUCGUUCUAACCUCGUAGCGUUUCGGUCUCGCUGGCAGUCGCGAUCGUCAAGCCCCUCGCCAAGGAAAAGUCACGAUCCGCCACCGACCGACUUUGUCACCCAGAUGAAUCGCACUCGACCUCAGCCGCCGCUCAACGGCAUCACGCUGACUGGCUCGGCUGAGUUUGGCUGUACAGACGACUUUGUACGACAGGCCAAGAUGGAGCGUGUUUCUCCACUUGCUGCUGCCUUGGUAGGCAAGCAAGCGGAAUCCUGUCGUUCCUCGGGGCAAAUGUGGACCGAUGCAUUUCGGCCACACCUCUCGUGUGCCUGCGUGGGCAACGAAACCGCGGCGUGCUAUCUGCUGGACUGGCUGCGCCGUUUGCUGGUAGCUGCACCUGGCUCGGUCACCACCUCGGAUCAUAAGCGCAAACACGCCGUCCAGCGACGCGUGGAUCGCACCAAACGCAGAAGGGCGAGACGAGGCUAUAGCGACGACAACGACAGCGACGGCUUGGGUGAUUUCAUCGUCGACGACGACGCGGACGACGACGACGACGUUAUCGGCGAGUACGACCAGUCGAUUGCCAACGACAAAUGGUUCGGCAGGUUUGCCAAGAUCCACCGCACUUGUUCACUCACCGACGAUGAGGGUGUUGACGAGGUCAAGUCAUCUCAAGCCACUCUUGCAUCUGCAUCGACAUCUGCAUCUGCAUCUUCAGCACCCGCAACCAGCCAGUCGGAAGAGUACGCAUCACGUCACGCAUUUCAUACUGUGCAUCCCAAGGAAUACGCGUCUCUCGACAGGCUCACCAACUGCAUGAUCCUGACCGGACCCAGUGGCAGCGGCAAAACAGCGUCGGUCUAUGCAUGCGCCGUCGAACUCGGCUACGAAGUGUUUGAGCUGUACCCAGGUAUGGGCAAGCGUAGCGGGAAAGAGCUUCUCGCCGCUGUCGGCGAUCUGGGACGUAACCACAUGGUUGCAUCCGGUGGCGUUGGUGGAGGUGCAACGUUCAGGAGACCGCAUCCCUGCACGUCGGCAGCUUGUACCGCCGGUGUUGGAUCGAACGCAGCCUCGCCGGCGAUCCGACAAUCGCUCAUCCUGAUCGAAGAAGCCGACGUUCUGUUCGAAGAAGACAAGGGAUUUUGGGCUGCCGUGGUGGAGCUUGUGGCAGAGAGCAAACGUCCUGUGGUGGUCGUCUGCAACGAGCUCGACUUGGUGCCCGUUCACGAUUUGCCCGUUCAGCAGGUGCUAGAGUACGUCAAGCCUGGCUUGGAAAAAGGAGUGGUACCAUGGCUGCAAACUGUAGCGGCGCAGAUGGGACGGUUUGUCAGAGCCGACGUAAUUGAAGCAAUGGUGUACGACUUGCCCGGUACCGAGGCAGCGCUAGAUGCGCAAGGAGAAGCGACAGCCGACCUGCGACAAGCGCUCACUCAGAUGCAGUUCGGCCAUCUCGCCUGUACCACUCGACGCAUCUCGUACGAAGAAGCGCAGAAGCGAGCAUUCAGCGAAUCACAAGCGGCCAAGCAGGCGAGCAUGAAAGCUGUGGCUAGCGCAGCAGAGUCGAGCAGUCUAGCGGACGUGUUGGAGACGUGCUUGGGGCGACAGGACGCGGAAGAAUUCGGGGAUGCGGGUGUGGACGUACAGGCGUCGUCGAGACAGUGGGGGUCAUGGGUGCAGCUGGUGGCUCAACCGCUGGCGAGGCAUCAGCAGAGGCAGGCACUGACACCAAGUGGCGAGGUCGAGUACAGAUCGACGUUGGCAGAGCUUCAUGCACGCUUGGGUGUGGCGGGUAUGGCGUCGAUCGUGACUAGCGAUGGUGUGCAUCAGAUCGGUCAGGUCAGGAUGACUCGGACUCUGCUCAACACGCUGCAAAGACGCCAAGCGGCGCGACUACACGGCUUGGUCGCACCUCUGCUCACGCACAAUUGCUCUUGCUCGCUACUCCCCGACUCUCUGGUCAUCGACUAUGCACCCAUCGUUCGGCUCAUGGCGAUGAUCGAUGAGGAUCUCGCCUCGAUUCACGCGUCGCUGCAGCACGAAUCGCAGGCGCUCGAAUCUCGGGGCGAACACUUGCAAUCGCCAGCCACCCUGUCGGCGCGCAGAUCGACGCGCAACUCUUCUCGUGCGCUCACAUCGUGGCUCGGCACACAUCAUGAUUAUGCAUACGAGCGCUGGCUGGCUGCGCUAGGACCGCGCGAGGUCGAGUUGGCCAAGCUGACCAGCUUGGUCUUCUGA